AUGUCUUCGCUAAGUGACCAAUUAGCUCAAGUUGCUUCCAAUAAUGCUACGGUUGCGUUGGAUAGAAAAAGAAGACAAAAACUACAUUCAGCUUCUUUGAUUUAUAACUCAAAAACAGCCGCCACACAAGACUAUGACUUCAUUUUCGAGAAUGCUGUUAAAGCACUAGAAGAGUUGACUCAAAUUGAACCAAAGUUCGGUGUUUUCUCAAGAACUUUGUUUUCCGAGUCUUCUAUUUCUCUUGAUAGAAAUGUGCAAACAAAAGAAGAGAUUAGAGAUUUGGAUAAUGCUAUCAAUGCAUAUUUGCUUUUGGCUUCUUCUAAAUGGUAUUUGGCUCCUACGUUGCAUGCGACUGAAUGGUUGGUUCGUCGUUUCCAAAUUCACGUUAAAAACACGGAAAUGCUGCUUUUAUCUACCCUCAAUUAUUAUCAAACGCCUGUCUUCAAGAGGAUCCUGAGUAUUGUUAAAUUACCAGCUCUCUUCAACUGUUUAUCUAACUUCGUUAGAAGCGAAAAGGCUCCAACAAGUUUGACCAUGGUGAAACUUUUCAAUGACAUGGAUUUCUUGAAACUAUACACUAACUAUCUGGAUCAAUGUAUUAAACACAACGCAACUUAUACAAACCAGCUUUUGUUCACAACGUGCUGUUUUAUCAACGUGAUUGCUUUCAACUCUAACAAUGAUGACAAGUUGAACCAGCUCGUUCCAAUUUUACUUGAAAUUUCUGCCAAACUUCUAGCUUCGAAGUCCAAGGAUUGCCAAAUUGCUGCACACACCAUCUUGGUUGUGUUUGCUACUGCCUUGCCUUUGAAAAAACCAAUUAUUUUGGCUGCCAUGGAGACUAUGCUCUCGAAUUUGGAUGAUAAGGAAGCAAAGCACUCAGCGCUUGUCACAAUCUGUAAGCUUUUCCAAACGUUAAAAGGACAAGGUAAUGUUGAUCAGCUACCUUCCAAAGUUUACAAGUUGUUUGACAGCAAAUUCGGCACAGCAUCUGUUAUAGCGUUCCUAGAUAAGGCGGAUAAACCAGCUUGUGACAAGUUCAUCACCUCCUAUACUAGAGCUAUUGCAAGAUAUGACCAUUCCAAGUUGAAUUCUAUUCUAAAUCUAUUAAAGAACAUAAAGCUAGAGAGAUAUGAAGUCAGGUUGAUCAUUACUGAUUUGAUCCACCUUUCCGACAUUUUAGAAGAUAAGUCACAAUUAAUAGAGUUAUUUGAGUAUUUUAUCUCCAUUAAUGAAGAUUUGGUGCUAAAAUGUUUAAAGUCGUUGGGAUUGACAGGCGAACUAUUCGAAAUCAGAUUAACCACAUCCUUAUUUACCAAUGUCGAUGCUAAUGUUGACAUAGUAAAACAAUUGAGUGAACCCACUGAAGCUUCUAAAAAAGACACCCUUUCUUUCCAAAAUUUCUUAGAUAAACAAUCCGAGUUCAUUAACACAACAAAUAUGUCAAUGCUGGCAGAAGCUGGUGAAAGAUACAAAAAAAUUUUAUCCUUAUUCACUGAAGCUAUUGGGAAAGGUUACCAAGCAGGUUCUUUUCUGACUUCUUUCUUUACUACUUUAGAGUCUAGAAUAACGUUUCUUUUAAGAGUUACUAUAUCUCCGGCAGCUCCAACCGCUUUGAAACUAAUCUCUUUAAACAAUAUUUCGAAGUAUAUCAACAGUAUUGAAAAGGAAGCUAAUCUCUUCACUUUAGUUCCAUGUCUUGUUUGCGCUCUUCAGGAUGCCUCCAUAAAGGUCAGAACUGGUGUGAAGAAAAUUCUCUCUUUAAUAGCUAAGAGACCAUUUACAAAGCACUACUUCUUAUCCGACAAACUUUAUGGAGAAAACAUUACUAUUCCUUUGUUAAACCCAAAAGAUAGCGAAACAUGGUUAUCUACAUUCUUGAGAGAAUACGUUACUGAAAAUUAUGAUAUUUCCAAAAUAUUUAUUCCAAAGAAGAACGAAAUCGUCUAUCUGUUGUUCUGGGCCAACCAAGCCCUGUUGAUACCUUCUCCAUACGCUAAAACAGUACUGUUAGAAAAUUUGAACAAAAGCUCAACUUCCGCAUCCUCUUAUUCUUCCCUAUUUGCAGAAUUCAUUUCUCAUUAUUUUGAAAACAGAUGUAGCUGGGAAACAAGUUGUGUAGCUAAUAAAACAAACUUUGAACAUUUCGAACGUGCUCUAGUCAAUCUAGUGUCUUCGAAGGAGAAGCAGUCAUUCAUGAUAGAUUUUGUUCUCAACGCUCUAAACUCGGAUUAUGAACAGCUGGCUAACUUGGCUGCGGAAAGACUUAUCAGUGUAUUCCCUUCACUAAGUAAUGCUCAAAAGCUAAGAAUUGUCCAAAAUAUGGUGGAUUCAUCUACCAAUGUAGAAUUAUCAUAUGAUACAGUCGGUGUAUUGCAAUCGUUACCUCUCGAUGCUGAAAUUUUUGUAUCUAUACUGAACCAAAAUAGCAUCUGUAACGAGAUGAAUCAAACCGAUUUUUCCAAGAGAAGAAGAAGACGCUCAUCAACUAGUAAAAAUGCAUUCUUAAAGGAAGAGGUGUCUCAACUGGCUGAAUUACACUUAAGGAAAUUGACAGUAAUUUUGGAGGCACUGGACAAAAUCAAGAGCGUAGGUUCUGAAAAACUUUUGUCCACUCUGUUUUCUUUAUUGUCAGAUUUAGAGACCCUGGACCAAGACGGUGGAUUACCAGUUUUAUACGCACAAGAAACUUUGAUUUCCUGUAUGCUAAACACCAUCACCUCCUUAAAGAAUAAUGGUUGUACAGAGCUAACAAAUAUAAGGGCUGACAUAUUAGUGUCCGCUAUCAGAAAUUCGGCAUCCCCUCAAGUUCAAAACAAAUUAUUACUUGUAAUUGGGUCUCUUGCUACUUUGAGCCCAGAAGUUAUUUUACACUCCGUGAUGCCUAUCUUUACUUUUAUGGGUGCUCACAGUAUUCGUCAAGAUGACGAAUUUACCACCAAGGUUGUUGAGCGUACAAUAUUGACUGUUGUUCCUGCCUUGAUUAAGAAUAGUAAAGACAACGAAAAGGAAGAAACUGAAUUUUUACUAUUGAGUUUUACCACCGCUUUACAGCAUGUCCCAAGACACAGAAGAGUAAAACUGUUCUCCACAUUAAUUAGAACUCUCAGUCCGAUCAAGGCCUUGGGUCCAUUCCUUUUCCUGAUUUCUCAACAAUAUUCUUCAGCUUUAGUUAACUUUAAAAUUGGUGACGCCAGGACAUUAAUUGAAUUCACGAAGGCUUUACUCGUUGAUUUACACGUGAGUGAACAGCUAUCAGGUUUAAAUGACUUACUCGAUAUCAUUAAAUUGUUGACGUCAUCGAAAAAAUCAUCAGAAAAGAAGAAGUUAUUAGAGUCCCGUGUCUUAUUCUCGAACGGUAUCUUGAAUUUCUCAGAAACUGAAUUUUUAGCUUUCAUCAAUAACACUUUCGAAUUUGUUAAUAAAAUCACCGAGGAAACUGAUCAAGAUUAUCACGACGUAAGAAAGAAUUUACGAUUGAAAAUAUACUCUGUUCUUUUGGAUGUAACAAGCGAUGAUAAAUCAAUUAAAAAGAUUAGAGAUGAAUUUGCAAUCCUUUUGGAAACGAUUCUUUCCUUUAUUAAUUCCAUGGAAUUGACUUUUUCAUCCAUAGCUUCACAAGAAAACGACGAAGCGUCGGAUUCUGAAACGUCAUUUUCAGACCAUGCCAGCGAAAUAAAAGAAAUUUUGUUCAAGGUGCUUGGCAAUGUAUUGAAUAUUCUACCAGUUGACGAAUUCGUUAACGCGGUCUUACCACUAUUGAACACAUCCAGUAAUGAAGAUAUUAGAUACCACUUGACCUUGGUAAUUGGCUCCAAGUUUGAAUUGGAAGGUUCAGAGGCCAUUCCUAUAGUCAACAGUGUAUUGAAGGUUUUGCUCGACAGAAUGCCGGUGGAAUCGAAAUCUGUUGCUAUAUCUCAAGUAACUUUAAACACGAUAACUGCCUUGGUGGGCAAAUAUGGUAAAAAACUUGACGGUUCUACACUAACGCAGGCCUUGACCCUGGCUACUGAAAGAAUCUCUUCUGAUGUGACAGAAGUCAAGAUAUCAUCGCUAGCUUUGAUAACCAAUUGUGUUCAAGUGUUAGGUGUCAAGUCAAUCGCAUACUACCCAAAGAUAGUCCCACCUGCUAUCAAGCUGUUUGAUAGUUCUGUAGAAGAUGACACCAACUCGCUAAAGGAGCAGUUACAAGUCGCUAUAUUGCUACUAUUUGCGGGUUUGAUUAAAAGUAUUCCAAGUUUCUUAAUGUCGAAUAUUUUGGACGUUUUUCACGUUAUUUACUUCGCUAAUGAAGUCGACAGUAGUAUUAGAUUAUCAGUGAUUUCAUUGAUCAUUGAGUUUAUUGAUUUGAAGGAAGUAUUAAAGGUCUUAUACAAAAUCUGGUCGACCGAGAUAUCAACAUGCGCUGAUACCGUUGCUGUUAGUCUGUUUUUAAGUACAGUGGAAUCUACCGUUGAAAGUAUCGAUAAGAAAUCAGCUACUUCACAAUCUCCUGUAUUCUUCAAAUUGUUACUAUCCUUAUUCGAGUUUAGAUCUAUUUCCACCUUUGGUAAUAACACCAUUAGUAGAAUAGAGGCAUCUGUUCAUGAAAUUGCAAACGCAUAUGUUUUGAAGAUGAACGACAAGGUGUUUAGGCCUCUGUUUGUUCUAUUAGUGAGAUGGGCAUUCGACGGUGAAGGUGUCACGAAUGUAGGUAUCACUGAAGUGGAAAGAUUGCUAGCGUUUUUCAAGUUCUUCAAUAAGCUACAAGAAAAUUUGAGAGGUAUCAUCACUUCCUACUUCACGUAUUUGUUAGAGCCCACCGAUAUCUUAUUAAAGAGAUUUGUUGCUAAAGAUAUAGAAAAUGUCAACUUAAGACGUCUGGUGAUUAAUUCUUUGACCUCCUCAUUGAAGUUUGACAGAGACGAAUACUGGAAAUCCACAUCCAGAUUUGAAUUGAUUUCUGAAUCCUUAGUUGAUCAAUUGUCCAAUAUAGAAAACUCUAUUGGGAAGUACUUGGUUAAGGCAAUUGGAGCUUUAGCGUCUAAUAAUAGUGGUGUUGAUGAGCACAACCAAAUCUUGAACAAACGGAUUGUCGAACACAUGAAGGCUUCCUGUACCUCGACUGAAAAGCUAUGGGCUGUUAGAUCCAUGAAAUUGAUCUACUCCAAGAUAGGUGAAAGCUGGUUGGUUCUUCUUCCACAACUUGUUCCUGUUAUAGCCGAGCUGUUGGAAGACGAUGAUGAAGAAGUCGAACGUGAAGUGAGAACUGGUUUAGUCAAGGUUGUUGAAAACGUCUUAGGGGAACCUUUUGACAGAUAUUUGGAUUGA